UUUGUUGUUCUGUGUAUACAGAGCUCUAGACAUCAGUUGACCAAGAUCCAAACCUUUUUUUGUUGAUUUAUUAAACAUAAUGUUGUUCAAUCUUUUAUCUCCAUCAUCUAAUCAUCGAUACUAGAGUUAUCUACAUUCUGAUCUCACCUCAUAGUCUAUAAUUAUAUUUAUUUUAUCUCUUGAAACUUUUCCUUUUCACAAUGGUAGAUCAUGAGAAUGAUCAAAAGACAACCAGGUAACUAUGAAUUGGAAAGCCCAACAUACCAUCUUUAAUAUCAUCAUCAACAGUGUGACAAAAAAUCUGUAAUCUGUUAAUAUUUUCUACCUUCACUUUUUUACUUGUGUUUUAUAAUUUUCUAACUGUCAAUUGGUUUUGGUAAAUAAACGAUCAUGUAAAUUGGACUUUUCAACACAACUCUCAAUAUAAACCAUCUUCAACAACAGUGUGAUAGAAAGCUUAUAUGCAUACUUUUAAAUCCUUUCCGUCUAUUGAAAUAUUAACAUUUCUCUCUAUCGUCAACUUUAUCAACAAAUUAACCGGUGAUAUUACAUCAAAUAAUUAACCAAGAAAAAUUAAUAGUCCAGUCAACUGUCAAUCAAUAUUGUUAAAAAGAAUCGACACUUGAUUUUGGCUGUGACUCACAAUAUAAAAGUGGCUAUCUAUGAAAGCUCUCUCAACUGUUAUCACAUGUGAAUUUUCUGGCUAGUUUUGCAUAAGUAAAUAUUAAUUUAUUAUCAAAACGUUUCAAUUUAAAUCACAAAUAUUAUUCAAUCAAAUUGGAUUCAUCAAAACUCAAGUUAUUGUCAACCCCAAUGGAAUGUGUUCAAUUCAAUUUAAUUCAACAGUUAAAGGUUUCCAGUAAUCUUUGGAAUUAAAUUCUCAACCCAAGCCUGUGUGGUGGACUUUUUAAACAAAACAAAAGUCUAUAAUUGCUAUCUUAUUCCUGUCUACUCUCACUUUAUCUUCACUCUGUCCAUUAUCGGUAUUAACUGGCUAGUCGUUUGGAUCUUCCCAAUAUUUCAAGCUUUUAUUGCAAUUUUUUUAAUGUUACACAUAUUAUCAUCACCGACAACUGAUUAGAUGCACAUGGAUAUUGUUGGCUCCAUCCUUUACCGCUGCAGUUAUCUUCUUGCUCUUAUAGUAUGGUCUCAGCCAUAUUUACUGUUCAUGUUUGCAUCUACGAAAGCCUGCCAGUUCCCUGAACAUUGGUCUGGUAGUUGGUUUCAGAAAGGUAUCCAUGAUAAAAUUCGAAUAUCCAGGAACAGUAUUUCUGACAAAGGAAACUGUACAAGUAAUGAUAAAUACAAGUUUCUUGUAUAUAAUAGUGCUGAAAAUUGUGCCCGGUGUAUGGCAAUAUAUGAAAAACACGUCAAUGUUUUGCAGUACAAAGAAACUUAUUGUGCGCCUGUACCUCGUCGUUUAAGCGAUCUCUGUGAGGAAAUUAAUGGAGAUGCACCACUCUUCUCAUUAUUCAGACUUGAUACUCCUCCAGUGCCGUGUCCAUUCAGUGGCUACUUUAAAUUCACAUACAACCGUGGACGUGGUGAAUGUAAAGAUCCCCCGUCAACGAUUGACUCUUGUACCGAUGAGAAUCGUCUUUUGUUUCGCUUUCAGGCGUGUGCAGACAUUGAAGGAUCUGAGAGUAAAGUUGUUACUCUUGAGUGUUACGCUACAUGGAAAGGAGGAUCUUUUAAAUUUCUUGUUGGUAAAUUUCUUCAUCCUUUAGCCAAGGAUGAGGAUGAUCGUUUUCAUUGUUUCCUGUUUGAACAAGGAUCUGGUGGUACAUAUCAUUUAGCUCAAUCAGCCGAUGCAUCUUGCGAGGGUUUGGAGCAAGCUUUGGAAGGACCAGCUACUAUGGAACUAACUCCGACCGAAAGAUUAGAAAGUAAAUGCUCUUUUCCUGACUUAACAGUUAAAGGUCAAUAUUGGCAAACUCUUGAUGGAUUACAUGUUUAUGAUUUUGGACAUGAAAACUCUUUUAAUGUGUAUCAUAAAAAUGGAACGUUGCUCAGAUUUGUUAAUUGUACUCAACAUGAUCCCACUUCGGAUGCCUUCGUGGUCUAUUCCACAACUAAAUGCGAUAUCGGUUAUGUCUGUAUGAAGAUAGUCAGAAGGACUGAUAAUAUAAUUGAAAUAAUGCAAGGAGAUAUGGUAAAAUCUUUAGGAGAUGCUUGUCUAAAUUUGAACAAGCAAAAUCCAAGUGAUUACAUCACGUUAACUGUAAUGAAAACAAUGGGAACAGAUUUCUCCAUACCGUGUCCUUUCGAAGGAAUUUACAAUAUUAAUGUACAGAACAAUGAAGUAUCUUUAAGAUCGCCGUCUGGAUAUCCAUUGUUAACUCUCUGUUCAGAACGAACAGUUUUUGCCUCGCAAUGUCUUUCUUCCGAACAGCUGCGUUUUGAAUUAUCCUGUGGGUCAAAUGAGCCUACUUUUAAGUAUUUCCAAUGUAGUGGUCUUUGGCACGAAAAUGGAACUAAUUUCUUGUUAAUCUAUUCACCGGAUGAAGAUUACUUGCAAUUUUGUUUAAGCUACAAAGAAAUCGAAUCUAAUGAUAGGAUUAAGGCGACUAUUAGUAAUACUAACUGUCGUCCCAAUAGAAAAUUACAGCAAUUAAAUUCUUAUAGUAAUAAUAUUUAUGAAUAUCCAAGAAGUAAUUAUGGAAGUGUUUCUAGGGAUCAUAGCGAAUCUAUUCAUUUUGAAUUGUAUAAUAAAGGAUUGUGCUAUGCAACUGGUCAUAGCUCAAGUAAUUUCCAUAUCAACAGAAGAAUGCUCAGGCCUUUGUAUGAAAUAUUAUUGAUAAAUCUUACUAUAAUUGUAAAUGCUUAUUUUCAUCUUUGAAUGAAUGACAGAAUUUUCACAUCAUCUUAAAUAAAAAAACUCCUAGUGUAAAAUUCCAAGAUCACAUUUAAUGUGUGAAUCAUUAGAAUCUUUACUUCCUCGUCAUGGUUAAAACACCAAUUAUCAACCAUUAUUUAAGACGGUGUCUAUUUUUUUGGUUUAAGCGUCACGAUGCAAUCAUCAACAUGCAUUCAGUCUACUUGUUACUGAAAGACUUGGUUCAACAAAUUUACCGAUUAAUCUGGAAUAAAAUCUGAUCUUUAAUAGGUAAAUGAAAAAAUAAGUCACUGAUAAAUCUUACGUCUUUAAAUGGAAUUGAGCCCCAAAUUUAUAAAGUUGCCCUUCACUGGAAAUCUUGCUGUUACCGAAAGAUUUUGACCGUCAAAAUGAUUUGACAUUUGGUGUCAACAACAAAAAGUAAAAUGAUGUCAAAAAACAACACCAAAGAUGUCAUCAAUGAGAUUAAAAGAGAUCAAUGAGUGGCCUUUAUUGAAAUUCCUAUCUUUUCUUCUCUGCAGUGGAUUCACCGGAUUUUUCCAUCUGCACUGGAUUAUUUUCGUUUUGUUCGUCGAUUACUGUUCAUAACGUAUUCAAAGUGUCUUAUCUCUUUGGACAGUGUUUUUAAAAAUCUCCGAUUGUCAACUAUCUCAGUACUCCUCUUACAAAUUAUCAGUCACAGCGGACAGCUUCAUAUUGACAAAAAUUGUCGACCUUGAUUGGUUAUUUCUUGUGUACAAAAUUUCGACCUAGUUUGCUCACAAUCGUAAAGACCCCAUUCCUAAAUUUGGUGGAUGUAAUGCAAAAGCCUUGUACAAUAGAAAACCAUAAACGAUCAUGAAAAGAAAAUUUA